AUGAAGUCUAUACCUGAUGACACCCCUAUCUCAGCUAUCUCCAUCCCUGGAACACACAAGAGCCUAUCAUUAUAUGGAGGAGUAUUAAUUCAAUGUCAAGUUUGGACUUUGGAUCAGCAACUUAAAGUGGGACUGCGAUAUUUUGAUGUGCAUGCUGGGUUUAAGUUACCCACCGAUAAAGAUGUUAUUAUCCGUGACGCUGAACAACAUGUAAAGGAAUUAAUUCAGAGUUACAAAAGUAAAAUGUGGACUGAGUUGUCUGUACCAAAUAUGAAACAGGUGAGGGGCAAGAUUGUUUUUCUUCAGAGUGACACCUUCCGUGCAGGACCAAAAACUCUUGGAUCUUCUUUUUUUGAAGGUGGCUCACUGAAUAAUAUUGAAGACAAAUGCAGCUUCAACUAUGGAGAGUCCUAA